UGCGGCCGGAGAGAGAGAUGUUCAGCGCGGAUUCCACUCUGGGCUCUCAGUCUAAGUCGGUAUGUAGCGGGGACGGAACGGAGUCAUUGAGAGAGCCGCGUAUGGCGAGGAUUUAACGCCACGAGAACAAGAAUUGGCGAUGAAACAUUCUCCGUCGGCUUGAAGGACAUUUAAAAAACGCCAUUUCGCCUAUAUUCGCCUGUUUUUUUCCCUCCUCGUUUUAAAAAUGGCGAACGACUCUCCGGCCAAAAGCCUGGUGGAUAUCGACCUGGCAUCCCUGCGGGAUCCUGCUGGGAUUUUUGAGCUGGUGGAAGUAGUAGGAAAUGGCACCUAUGGACAAGUAUACAAGGGCCGACAUGUCAAAACAGGACAGCUGGCGGCCAUUAAGGUCAUGGACGUCACAGAGGACGAAGAGGAAGAAAUCAAGCUGGAGAUCAACAUGCUGAAGAAAUACUCGCACCACCGCAACAUCGCCACUUACUACGGCGCCUUCAUCAAGAAAAGUCCGCCUGGACACGAUGACCAGCUAUGGCUGGUGAUGGAGUUUUGCGGGGCUGGGUCCAUCACGGACCUGGUGAAGAACACCAAAGGCAACACCCUGAAGGAGGACUGGAUCGCUUACAUCUCCAGGGAGAUCCUCAGGGGCUUAGCUCACCUUCAUGCCCAUCACGUCAUCCAUCGGGACAUCAAGGGACAAAAUGUGCUGCUGACGGAGAAUGCUGAAGUCAAGCUGGUGGAUUUUGGCGUUAGCGCUCAGCUGGACCGAACGGUCGGCCGUCGGAAUACCUUCAUCGGAACGCCGUAUUGGAUGGCUCCAGAAGUCAUUGCUUGUGACGAAAACCCGGACGCCACUUACGACUACCGGAGCGAUUUGUGGUCUUGCGGAAUCACAGCCAUCGAGAUGGCGGAAGGGGCUCCACCGUUGUGCGACAUGCAUCCCAUGAGGGCGCUCUUCCUCAUCCCCAGAAAUCCUCCUCCAAGACUCAAGUCCAAAAAAUGGUCCAAGAAGUUCUUCAGCUUCAUCGAGGGCUGCCUGGUGAAGAACUACACGCAGCGGCCCCCCACCGAGCAGCUGCUCAAGCACCCCUUUAUCAGGGACCAGCCCAACGAGCGGCAAGUGCGCAUCCAGCUCAAGGACCACAUCGACCGCACCAAAAAGAAAAGAGGCGAGAAGGAUGAGACCGAGUAUGAAUAUAGUGGCAGUGAAGAAGAGGAGGAAGAAGCAUCAGAGCAAGAAGGAGAGCCGAGCUCCAUCGUCAACGUGCCGGGAGAGUCGACGCUGCGUCGGGAUUUUAUCCGUCUGCAGCAGGAGAACAAGGAGCGCUCGGAGGCGAUGCGCCGCCAGCAGCUCCUGCAGGAGCAGCAGAUGCGAGAGCAGGAGGAGUACAAGCGCCAGCUGCUGGCCGAGAGGCAGAAGCGCAUCGAACAGCAGAAGGAGCAGCGGCGGCGGCUGGAAGAGCAACAACGUCGCGAGCGCGAGUUGCGUCGUCAGCAGGAGCGCGAGCAAAGGCGGCGCGAGCAGGACGACAAACGGCGAGCCGACGAGUUGGAACGUCGCCGCAAGGAGGAGGACGAGCGGCGGCGGGCCGAGGAGGAAAAGCGGCGGGCCGACAGGGAGCAGGAGUACAUCAGACGGCAGCUGGAGGAGGAGCAGAGGCACCUGGAGAUCCUGCAGCAGCAGCUGCUACACGAGCAGGCCAUGCUGCUGGAGUACAAAUGGCGGGAGCUGGAGGAGCAGCGGCAAGCCCAAAAACUCCAGAAGCAGCUUCAGCAGCAGCAGGCCUACCUGCUGUCCCUGCAGCACCAGCAGAACCUGGACCCCAGUAGCCCUAAAUGCACUCUUAAAAACCCAGAGCACAACACGGAAGCGGAAAAGAUAAGGGUGACUGAAUCCGAGUCGCUCGCAGAGGCUGACGAGCGCUACCGGAAGAACAUUCAAGGUUCUCCUCAGUCGGCGCAGACCAAAGCGCCUGUCCCGCCUGUGCCGCCACGGUCCGAGUCGUCUUACCCCAACGGGAACGCCGAGGCCAUGCACCGACCUGUGGAGGCACAGGUGCGGGCCCUUAAAAGCGGUGGUGGCGUUGCGCCGCAGCCGCCCGCUAGCGCCGUGUGUCGCUCGCACUCCUUCAGCGAGCCUCACCGUCACCCUCCAUCUUCAUCAUCCUCCUCAUCAUUGGCGUCACAGCACGCACGCACUGACGCGCAAGCCCACCCUCAGACUAGACCCCAUCAAGCGGUAACCCCUCCUUCUGCAGAAGUACCACCCAGGGUACCCGUCAGGACGACGUCCCGCUCGCCGGUGUUGCCGAGGCGAAGUUCGCCUCAUCGCCACGGCAACGCGCCGCACGCCGGCCCUGCUGUCAACCGCAACGCCGGCAGUGCGGCCGAGCCUCGGCUGUUGUGGGAACGCGUGGAGAAGAUGCUUCCCAGGUCUUCCGGAAGCGGGAGUGGCAGCAGCGCAGGCUCCAGCGCAGGCUCCAGCGCAGGCUCCGGUUCCUCCAGCAGCUCGUCCAGCAACUCCAGCUCGCAGGCUGGCUCUGGAGAAAGGUUCAGGGCCCGCUCCUCCUCCAAAUCUGAGGGCUCACCCCUCCAGAGGCCGGAGAACGCAGGGAAAAAAACAGAGGAGAGGCCGAGGCCCGGAAGACCAGCGCAGGACCUGACCGCGCUCGCCAAGGAACUCCGUGCAGUGGACGACGUCCGCCCCCCCAACAAGGUGACGGACUACUCGUCUUCCAGCGACGAUUCGGAUACCACGGAUGAUGACGACGACGAGGAGGUGGACCAGGAUGGCGGCGAGGAGUCCACCUCGGGCCCGGAGGACUCCCGAGCUGUGUCGUCCCGGCUGAGUAACGGCGAGACAGAGUCGGUGAAGACGAUGAUCGUCCAUGAUGAGGGCGAAAGCGACGCGGGCUCCACGCCAUGCAAAGACAGUACCUUGGUAGUCCGACAGAGCGAGCACAAAAAGAGGCCUGCCGGCUCGGCAUCCAGCCCCGGCCUCGCCCAGCACACCCCCACCCCACUUCAUCACCAACACAAUCACUUCCAACACCACCACCAUCCCCACCCCCACCACCACCAUCAUCAUCAGCAGCAGCAGCAGGCCGAACGGAACGGCUUUGCCGGCCGCAUCCACCUCCUGCCGGACCUGAUCCAGCAGAGCCAUCAUUCCUCCCCUUCCUCCUCCCCAUCCUCCCCGUCCUCCUCCUCCACCUCCUCCGGUCUGGCCAGUCCCAUCGCUUCCCCCCAAAGCCCCCUGGACAAGCUGGCCCUCCUCAUCGAGAGUCAAUCGAGCAACAACAUGCAGAAACACAAGUCGUCGUCGUCGUUCACGCCGUUCAUCGACCCGCGUCUGCUGCAGGUGUCGCCCUCGGCGGGCAGCGCCCUCAACAACGUCGGCUACGGCAACGACGCUCGUCUGGCGGAGGCGCUGCGGGCGGACGCGUCGCGCAAAGGUUCCGUAGUCAACGUGAACCCGGUCAACACGCGCCCGCAGAGCGACACGCCUGAGAUCCGCAAGUACAAGAAGAGGUUCAACUCGGAGAUCUUGUGCGCGGCGCUCUGGGGGGUGAACUUGCUGGUGGGCACCGAGAGCGGGCUGAUGCUUUUGGACCGCAGCGGUCAGGGCAAAGUUUACCCUCUUAUCAACCGAAGGCGUUUCCAGCAAAUGGACGUGCUGGAGGGACUCAAUGUCCUCGUCACCAUAUCAGGUAAGAAGAACAAGCUGCGCGUUUACUACUUGUCGUGGCUGCGGAACAAGAUUCUACACAACGACCCCGAGGUGGAGAAAAAACAAGGCUGGACCACCGUGGGCGACCUGGAAGGUUGCGUCCACUACAAUGUCGUUAAAUACGAGAGGAUCAAGUUCUUGGUUUUGGCCUUGAAGAACUCUGUGGAGGUCUACGCGUGGGCGCCUAAACCUUACCACAAGUUCAUGGCCUUCAAGUCUUUUGGCGAGCUGGUCCACAAGCCUCUGUUGGUGGACUUGACAGUGGAGGAGGGGCAGAGGUUGAAGGUGAUCUACGGCUCGUGCUCAGGCUUCCACGCCGUGGACGUGGACUCCGGGGCGGUCUACGACAUCUACCUGCCGACUCACAUCCAAACGCACAUCCAAUCUCACGCCAUCAUCAUCCUGCCCAAUACGGACGGCAUUGAGCUGCUGGUUUGCUACGAGGACGAGGGCGUUUACGUCAACACCUACGGACGCAUCACCAAGGAUGUGGUGCUGCAGUGGGGGGAGAUGCCCACCUCCGUCGCCUACAUCCGCUCCAACCAGAUUAUGGGCUGGGGCGAGAAAGCCAUCGAGAUCCGCUCGGUGGAAACGGGCCACCUAGACGGUGUUUUCAUGCACAAGAGGGCCCAGAGACUCAAGUUCCUAUGCGAGAGGAAUGACAAGGUGUUCUUCGCCUCGGUGCGGUCCGGAGGCUCCAGUCAGGUCUACUUCAUGACGCUGGGCCGAAGCAACCUGCUCAGCUGGUAGAGGUCUUCCUCCUCUAAUUCCUCUUCCUCCUGCUCCUCCGCCUGGCCUUCGCUAACACUGGAUCUCAGAAGCCGACCACCUCGACAACCGCAAACCCCACUGGACCGCAACCGGACUCGCGGACGAGGACUCCACCCACAUACCCUUCCAUGACAGGAGGAAGGAGUCAAAUGUGAAUUCUGGAAGAAGGAAAUCCCCCCCCCCCCCCCAAAAAAAAGGUUCCCGGUGCUCGUCAUCGUCGUCCUCGUGGUUUCUCCUGGACUUUGAACGUCUUCUAACCGCCGGAAAAGUUUUAACCAGUCCGUGAAUGUGUGUCAGUGUUCUCGUGUGACUGGGAUGAUGGAUGGUGAUGAAGGUGAUGAUGAUCAUGAAGUCAUGGUGAUACGCAAAGUAGGCAGGGACAAAGGGCAAGAAAGGACAAAACAAAGUAUUUUUCUUCAUCCUCACACACACACGAGCGUGAAUCUUUGUGUUACCUUAUUUUAUUUGUUUUUAUUAUUAAUAAUAUUAAUAUGAUUAUUUUCCAAUGCACAUUGACCCCCUUACCCCACUGUCUUGCUUGCUUCCACCCACAGAGGGCGACAUGCUAUCUGCGCAGAAUGUGUGCAUACCAAAAAAGAAGUCAAUAAAGUUGUGUAUGUACAAAAAAUA